AUGCAUCAACCCGCACCAGCGAGACAGCCGACACUUGAGUCGCAAGCGCAGUAUAAUCUGCAAGCUACCGAGGACAUCGACGAGGACCACAAUGAGCUGGACGAGAAGAAACACCCGCCUCCGAUACCAAAGCGACCAGACUAUCGACCCAAACCGUUGCAAUGGCCUUUCAUCGUUCUGUCGUCUUCGGGCUCCCGUCCGUCUUCUGAUGGACUGCCGUCGACGAUCGUCCAAACUAGUAAUGCCGAUCUCCCGACGACCUCUGCACCUGGGCGAUCUCCUGCUUCGGCGUCAAUAUCGACGGCUCUUGUUACUAUAGCCUCGUCGGACAAAGCCUUCAGCGUGACUCCUGGAGCAUCGACUGAGCGAGAGCAAUCUUCUGAUAUUCGACAACAGAAGGCACAAGUCACCUCAACCCCCUCGGCGUCGGCAAUUGAGGCCCAGAGCCAGACAGCCUCCGGACCGCCCUCGUCUGCGCCACCUGAUGAUCUUCUCACAGCUACUACUACUGCCACAGAUAAUCCGAUUUCAAUGGCUACAUCAUCAUCGUCAUCAGGCACUACGAGAUCUAACAAUGGUGGUCAGAGCAAAGAAACUGACUCUACUCAUUCUCCACCGUCAACAACCACGAAACCGGAGAGUCAAGACAAGAUUAAAUACACGACGUAUUCAACAACAAGUGAUAAGGAAGCCAGCUUUGUUUCAUCCUAUGACGGUUCGAACCAGCGCAAAGCUCCUGUCACUGUCACCUCAUCAUCUUCCAGCCCAUCAUCGCCGGAGCCCAUUGGAAGCGACAGGGUGCUUUCUAUCAUCAAGUCUGAAUUCACUUCCACAUUCACGAGACCUGGAUCCACUUUCCAGUACACGACAUCCAUCGUGAGCAGUGCCUUUUCGACUUUCACGACGGCUCUUGAAACCACCAUUCCCGAAAGUACUGGCGAGACCACGUAUACACGAGUGAUCACAACCGCGACGCAGAAGUCGAUCACAAGAACCUUGGCAAGUAGCAACGUGGUUAUUACUACGACGAUACCCGAGCAAACCACCCGAACGGAUGUAAUCAGCGAUGACGAAACAACCUACUACCAGACGACAACCAAGACUGUUGGGCGCGUGACGACCUCAACCUCGGCUGCACCCGCCUCGACAAUCGUCGAAGUCACUGGUGAAGUUGGAGAGGCGACCAUAACUUCAACAGCCCAGUUUACAUCGCCUGCGAGGGUCAGCACCUAUACAUCUGUUGGUGUUUCUGCCGUACGGACUACCAUUGCAAGUGUCUUCACCACGACCGCGGCGGGGGUGGUGUACGUGUCCGUAGGGACAACCGAAAUCACCAGAGUUGUCACCGUUCCCGGCGGAGGGUCACGAGGCCAGCAGAGUUGGCAGCCUAGCCUAGUUACACAACUCAUCACCAGUGUGUUCGACGGGAAGAUUGUGACAGUUGUGGAAACGGGAAAACCUCAGAUUUUCGUGACCAACGCCGAAAGCCUUUUCACGGCCGUGUACACGCCACCUGCAGAGACGAUCGUGACGAGGAUAGGGGGUGAAGAGACGCAGAUGGUAGUCACAGUCACUCCAUCUCUGGAUGUUGGCCUGAUUGCUGUCCAGACCACCGUUGCUGGAAAACCUACGGUGGUGCUGAUUCAGGCUACAAACGCCGCAGGCUUCAAGCCGGUGUCUUUGACACUUGUCUCCCAAGUCGGCGGCAGUACUGGCGUCUUCACAGCCACCGAUGCUCCAGAGACUAUCAGGACAACCAUCGAUGGUAAAGAGACCUUGGUAACAAGAACACCGGCCCUGAGAGAGUUUACCUCUGUAAUCGGAGGAACGCCAACCACAAUGGCGUUGGUCACAACACCGACUGGAAGCAUGCCUCUAUUGUUCACAGUGAUCACGACGAUUGGAGGCUCUUUGAGCACAAUCAUAUCAACUCCAAGCCCUACCACAUUUGUCACUUCGAUAUCGGACAAGCUCACUACGAUCACAUCUACUCCGAAGCCCAGUACACGUGUAUCCACUAUUGGCCCCUCCACGGCGGUAUUCAUCUCUGUUUCCCAGCCAGCGUCGACAAGCAAACCCGAUACCGUCAUAACCGAAGUCGAGAAGUUCGCUUUCACCGAUGGCGAUUACUUCCUCGGUAAGUUUCUUCCGGUGAUUCUGGCCGUCAUGGUUGCGAUUCCUCUGAGAAUCAUCGAUCUCAACGCGAAGUUAUACCAGCCUUUCCAUGCAUUAUCCCAAGAAGGAGGUGCACUCGGUAAGAAUAGCAUGACGAUCCAAUUUGAAGGCUGGAAUGGGUUCUUGGCUCCGUUCAGGGUUCUCAGGCAGGGUCAUCCGGUUCCUUUCAUCACGACACUGAUCGUAUGGUCAUCGUCUCUUCUGGCACCCUUGGCAACUGAGGCGAUUGGAAUGAAGCUUCACGGCAAAUGCAAAAUCACCGCCAUUGACGGCUGCGGCAUUCAACUAGGCGUCUCCCCAAAAUCAGCACACAUCUUGAUCGCGUUGCUCGUUCUUAUCGUUGCUCUUCUGCUGGUUCUCCUUUAUCUUCUCCGCAGCUGGGAAACCGGACUCCACGCGAAUCCUUGGAGCAUUGCGGGAAUAUCGUCACUUUCUCUGAACGCAGAAAUUCGGCCACAUCAUGUCAACUUCAAAGCUACCGAAAGAAUGAUGGCAGGCAAGAGCUACAUGCUGAGCUUUUUCGAAGAUAGGCACGGUCGAGAUGAAUACGGCUUCAUCUACUAUGACGAAUCGGCCGACAACUUGCAAUCGGCAGGGUCAGGAGCGCUAUCGACUGAUGACGAGUCGGAUGUCAUCAAAUAUUCGCACGGCAAGGCGAGAAGUGCCCGGAAAACAAAUCCUUUCAUCGCGCUUACGUACUGGUGGCGCAUCGUGUUCAUUCUUUUCCUCCUUUCUUUGUUCAUCAUAAUACUUUACUAUCACGUUACACUUGGUCUUCGUACUUCUUUCAAAGACUUCAUGGACAGUCAAACAUUUGGCCUCCGUUUCUUCCUUGCUGCAUUGGGAGUUAUCAUCAUUUUUUGCUGGGAAUCAAUUUUCAUCAGUAAGUAG